CUUUGCGCGGAAAGAUGGCGGCGCCCAGGAGGGCCUCGAGCGAGUGAACGCUAAUCUUGGAGCACCGUUUUCGGGAGAUCCGGGCGCAAAGCAGAGGUGCAGGGCAGCCUGGUCCUCGGGCGGAGGCUGCCCGAGUGGCCCGUUUGCCCGGGAGCAGCCGCAGCUUCUUCGGUGCGGAGGUGUCGGGCUCGGCUCUCCGUCCCGGGAGGGCGUAGACUGAGUCUGGGUGAUGCCUCUUUGCUGAAGCGGGUGGUCCUGGAGCUCCUGGGCGGAUCCGAGCAGAUCCUACUGUAGGAUCCGCGUCCUGGAGCAUAGGCUGCAAAGGGAGAGCGCCGGAGAUUCCCCAGGGGCCUCGGGAGAAGACCGGGUUAGCGCUACUUCGCUACAAAUUACCCACCAGGAGGGGCAAACGAGAGGACACCCCCACAGCGGAGCAGUGCCAGCAAGAGUCCCCCGGGGGAGGCAGACAAAGCGUCAAGAUGCUAGCAAGGCCAAAGCCAGGCGAGGCUGAGGAGGACCUGCUGCGCUUCCAGAGGCAGUUCCUGGCGGCUGGCACAGCCCCGGCGGUGCAGUUGGUGCACAAAGGAAGCCGGGGCCGGGGAGAUGCACUUGCUCGGGAUGUGGUGAUGCUGGACGAUCUCCCUGAUAUGCCUCCAGCUUUGGUACCUGCUCCUGCAAAGAGAGCCAGGCCCAGUGCCACGGGGCCCCCGCCUGUCCUCGAAGACCCUGAGGAGAGGCUGAACAGGCACGAUCAGCACAUCACUGCUGUCUUGACCAAGAUUAUUGAACGAGACACAAGUUCAGUGGCCGUGAAUCUGCCUGUGCCUAGCAGUGUGGCUUUCCCUCCUGUGUUCCAUCGAUCACAGGGGAGGCAGGGGAAGCCAACAACAUCUGGUAAGAGGAGCAUCUUUGCUCAGGAAAUUGCAGCCAGGAGAGCAUCUGAAGCCAUUUCGCUGACCCCAAGAGAUGCAAAUUCCACCUUGCACCCACCACAGGGUGCUGUGACCUGCGAAGAAACACCUUCAGGCGAGCAGGGCUGCCCACUUCCAGGAGGCAGCCCCAACUUCCAAGGACCCCACCUGGUCACAGGCACGGGGCUUCGGGGCCAGGAGGCUGAGCAGGAGGCCCGGACCAUCCACGAGGAGAAUGUAGCCCGGCUCCAAGCCAUGGCACCCGAGGAGAUCCUGCAGGAGCAGAAGCGCUUGCUGGCACAGCUUGAUCCCAGCCUGGUCGCCUUCCUGAGGUCUCGUAGCUGCCCCAAGGAGCAAGCAGGCGAGAAGGCCCGGGAGGAGCAGAGGCUGGAAGGAGCCUCAGCCACAGUCACUGUGGAAGAUCCUGUCAUGCCGGCUUCUGCCACGGAGCCCAGGAGAGAAGAGGAACUGCAGCCAAGCACCCCAGUUCCUGCACUGCCCGUGGCCCCCCACAAGGAGUGGCUGCACAUGGACACAGUGGAGCUAGACAAGCUGCACUGGACCCAGGACCUGCCCCCACUCCGGCGGCAGCGGACCCAGGAGCGCAUGCAGGCCCGGUUCAACCUCCAGGGAGAGCUGCUGGCCCCCGAUGCUGACCUUCCCACCCACCUGGGCCUGCAUCACCACGGGGAGGAGGCGGAGAGAGCGGGGUACUCCCUGCAGGAGCUCUUCCACCUGACGCGCAGCCAAGUGCCCCAGCAGAGAGCCCUGGCGCUGCUCGUGCUGGCCCAGGUCAUCAGCAGGGCCCAGGCCGGUGAGUUUGGGGACCGCCUGGUGGGCAGUGUCUUGCGCCUCCUUUUGGACGCUGGCUUCCUUUUCCUGCUGCGCUUCUCCCUGGAUGACCGGGUGGACGGGGUCAUCGCCGCUGCUGUUCGUGCUCUCCGGGCUCUGCUGGUGUUUCCUGGAGACGAGGAGCUCCUGGACAGUGCCUUCUCCUGGUACCACGGAGCGCUAGUGUUCCCUCUGAUGCCCAGCCAAGAGGACCAGGAUGCUGAGGAUGAGGAUGAAGAACCACCAGUGGAAAAGACAAAGAAGGCACCAGAGGAGAGUUCCCGGCCUCCAUCUGACCUGGCCCGGCACGACGUCAUCAAGGGGCUGCUGGCCACCAACCUGCUCCCCCGGCUGCGCUAUGUGCUGGAGGUGACCUGCCCAGCGCCCUCCGUGGUCCUCGACAUUCUGGCCGUGCUCAUUCGCCUGGCGCGGCAUUCUCUGGAAUCAGCCACGAGGAUCCUGGAGUGCCCUCGGUUGAUCGAGACCGUGGUGCGAGAAUUCCUGCCCACUAGCUGGGCCCCCAGGGAGGCUGGGCCUGCGCCCAGUCUCCACCAGGUGCCCUGUGCGUCUGCCAUGAAGCUUCUCCGUGUCCUGGCCGCGGCUGGCAGGAACAUCGCUGCACGGCUGCUGAGCAGUUUUGAUCUCCGGAGCCGCCUGUGCCGCUUUCUGGCUGAAGCGCCCCCGGAACUGGCCCUACCCCAGGAGGAGGCGGAAACCCUAAGCACCGAGGCCCUCCGGCUGUGGGCAGUAGCCGCCUCCUACGGUCAGGCCGGAGACCUGUACAGGGAGCUCUACCCCGUCCUGGUGCGGGUCCUGCAGGCCGUGCCACGCCAGCUCGCCUCCCCACGGCCCCCCACCAUGCAGCGCAUCGCCUCUCUGCUCACCGCCCUCACCCAGCUGACCCUGGCCUCCGGUGCCCCCGAACCCAGCAGGGAUGACACCACUGAGAGCAGCCCAUCGACUGCCCCUUCCUCACUGCCCUGGACGCAGGUGUGCGGGCUCCAGCCUCUGGUGGAGCCAUGUCUCAGACAGGCCUUGGACUCGCUGCCCAGACCUGAUGCAUGGCAUGCACUGGGCCCAGUGCCCACUGCCUGCCUGCUCUUCCUGGACGCCUAUUACCAGGCCUGGAGCCAGCAGCCCAGCAUGUGCCCUGGCGAUUGGCUUCAGGACAUAGAGCGCCUUUCGGAGGAGCUGCUGCUACCCCUGCUGUGCCAGGCCCCGCUGGGCAAUCUGUGCCAGGCCCUUCGGUGCUGCUCCCCUCUCUGCAACCCGCAGUCCUGUGCCCCGGGCCCUGAGAUGCUCCCGAGCCUCCCCUCCCUGGGCUGCGCCGGAGGCUGCCCACCCCUCAGCCUGCCGGGCUCCGCCUCACCGUUCCCGUUCCUCACGGCCCUCCUGGCCCUCUGCGGUACACUGACCCGCAUCCACAAGGGGCUGUGUGGCCAGCUGGCUGCCCUGCUGACCGCCCCCGGACUCCAGGACUACUUCCGGCAGUGUGUGGCCCCCUUGCCUGCCCCACAGCUCACCCCCUUCUCGGCAUGGGCACUGCGCCAUGAAUACCACCUACAGUACUUGGUGCUCAACCUGGCCCAGCGCGUGGCCGCAUUCCAGACGGUGCCUGCACCCAGUGCUGCCCUCCUCCACGGUCUGGCCGUGGCCCUGCUGAGCCGGCUGCUGCCCGGGAAUGAGCACCUCGCCCACGAGCUGCUGCGGAGCUGCGUGUUCCGGCCCGAGUUCCUCCCGGAAAGAGCAUCAGGCGGUCCGGAGGCGGCUGACUUCUCCGACCAGCUCUCCUUGGGGAGUGGCCGGGAACCUGGGGCUGGGCGCGGGGCCCUGCUUGCCCAGGCCUGUCAGGACCUCCCCAGCAUCCGCAGCUGCUACCUUGCCCACUGCUCUCUGGCCAGAGCCAGCCUGCUGGCCUCCCAGGCCCUCCACCGUGGACAACUGCAGCACGUGCCCAGCUUGUUACUCCCAGUGCCCAAGGAGCCGCUGCUGCCCACCGACUGGCCUUUCCUGCCCCUGCUUCACCUCUACCACCAGGCCUCAGACCCCCGCCUGGGAGUCCCUCCUGCCGACACUGUGGGCACAGCCCAGCGGGCCCUGCAGUGGGUGCUCGUCCUGGAGAGCUGGCGCCCUCGAGCCCUCUGGGCCGUGCCUCCUGCCGCCCGCCUAGCACGGCUCAUGUGUGUGUUCCUGGUGGACAGUGAGCUGUUCCGGGAGGCCCCCAUACAACGCCUGGUGGCAGCCCUCGUGGCUCAGCUCUGCCGGCCUGAAGUCCUGUCAAAUCUCCACCUGGACUGCCCACUUGCUGGCCUGGCAUCUUUCCCUGACCUCUAUACCAGCUUGCUCGAGCACUUUGAGGCCGUGUCAUUUGGGGAUCACCUCUUUGGGACUCUGGUCCUCCUUCCCCUGCAGCGUCGGUUCAAUGUCGCCUUGCGCCUCGCCCUCUUUGGCGAGCACGUGGGCGCCUUGAGAGCCCUGGGCCUGCCACUGUCACAGUUGCCUGUGCCCCUGGAGAACUACACCAGCCCCCCUGAGGACAGCUUGGCCCUCCUGCAGCUCUACUUCCGAGCCCUGGUGACGGGCGCACUCCGGCCGUGCUGGUGCCCUAUACUCUACACCGUGGCCGUGGCUCAUGUCAACAGCUUCAUCUUCUCUCAGGACCCCAAGAGUUCGGAUGAGGUGAAGGCUGCCCGCAAGAGCAUGCUGCAGAAAACGAGGCUGCUGGCUGAUGAGACACCCCGGCAGCACCUUCUGCUCUACAAGUGCCCUAAUUCCACCUGCCCCAGUGGCUUUGAGCUCUAUUCGCAGCUGCCCCCCAUACGGCAGCAGUACCUUCAGAGCCUCACCUCAGAGACGGGCCAGAACGAGGUGGGACAGGCCUCCGAGAGCUGCUCAGGGUGAAGUGAUGGCCCCAGUGCCCAGGAUGCGCCCACAGACACCUUCCCAGAUGGGGCUGUGUGUCCAAGGCGACAGAACGCCCCGGAACAGAGGCUGGUCUUUCUGGCAGCAGGCUGAGCUCUGGACACCCCUGCCCCAACGUAGACCCUGAGAGCUGGGGCUCAGGUCUGGGGCCUCGGGUUUGUGCUGGGAGUGAAGGUGACACAUACUUACCUUCUCUCAGGGGAAGGGAUGGACUCAGUUCCCCUCUCUUCCCACUCGUGGCCCCAGCAGAGUAUUUCAAUAUUGUAGCUGGAUGUUGGCAUUAAAAGGAUUUUUUAUCUCCUG